AUGGCAGAGGCCCGGGCGGCGUUUCGCACGCUCGUGCGCGCCGCGAAGCAAACGUUCAAGGGCGAUCCCUUCAUGUACGGCAAAGCGCGGGAGGAAAUCUGUUCCAAGUUCCGCGAAUCGGCGAGCGUGACCGACCCGACGCAGCAGAAGGAGAUGAUCGGGAUGGCGUACGAGGCGGCGGUGUUUCUGCAAGAGAGCGUGGUGCAGGUGGGGACGUCGGAGCGCGGGAACCCGGUGAUCGGGGCGCCGGCGGGGCGCGAGGCGGAGGGGGGCACGUACAACCUCGUGACGCCGGACGAGGUCGCCGCCCUGGGGAAGCGCAAGCGCAAGGACAAGAAGAAGUGA